AUGUGCGAAUUCAGGUGGAAUCCUUUCCGUUCUUCGCUUGUCUCUCCCUCAGAGCUUCAUUCAGCCCUUUCCAAUGGGUCGUCUUCACCCCGCCGGAUCGUCCCAGUGGCAGCGGGGCGCGAAUCAGCCUUGAAGGCUUAUGAAGCCAAACAUAUUCCAGGUUCUGUGUUCUUCAAUGUAGACCAGAUCCGCGAUACUGAGUCUCCAUACCCAUUUAUGCUCCCCUCGCCAACCCACUUUAGCGUCUGUAUGACCGAACUUGGGCUUCGUGCAGAUGACAUACUUGUAAUAUACGAUACGAUUGAAACCGAAUUCUAUUUUUCACCACGUGUAGCAUGGAUAUGUCGCCAUUUUGGACAUGGUGAUGUUCAUGUUCUGAAUAAUUUCCCGCAGUAUGUCGACCAGGGAUACGAAGUGCUCGAGGGCCAUCAACCUGAGGGACUCGUAGCUGGGGAGAGAUACCCCGUGCAAAACCCACCAGUGUCGAAAGAUGUUAUUGAGUUCGAUGAGUUACAUCAAUUACUUUCUGCCGACAAAACUCAGGACCAAACUUGUAACUCAUAUCAGAUCCUCGACUCUAGACCAGAGAGCCAAUUUUCUGGGAUGGAUAGCGGAGCCAUUACAGGACAUAUGCCCACUGCGCUAAAUAUACCACUCAGUUCCCUGCUAGGUUCAGACAAAAGACUUCUUCCUGCCCCGCAACUGAAGGAACUGUUUCAAGAAAAGGGCGUCCAUGAAACAAUGCCCGUGAUUUUGACGUGUAACUCAGGCACGACAGCCACUUCACUGGGACUGGCAUUAGGUGCGUGUGGUUAUCACAUGGAGAAGAGGCUUUAUGAUGGGAGCUGGUUUGAGUGGAGAGAGAAAGCGACAAAAGAGGAAGGAUUGAUUGUUGUGGAUUGA